AUGUCUACCCUGAACGGGAGGGUUGGACAGUCUCUUACGACUCCCAGCCCGUCUGUGACGGGAGGAAGCCGUCUCCUGAGGAUUCAGGCCGUUUUCAGUACAGCGGGAUCACUCAAACUGCACGUGUCACUGGCUGGAGCAGAGCCAGUGAUCGGGUUCCGAGUGUCGAUCAGUGGCCGCAAUGGCGACACUCUUCCCCCGGGUCCGAGUGUCAGUGGCCGCAAUGGCGACACUCUUCCCCAGAGCACGAGCGUCAGUGGUCGGCAAGCCGACGACGCCCGCCUCUAUCGUGCGGUGGGGACUAGUGAUCGGGUCCCAACAAUGGAUGUCAUACCGAGCCCGACAGAAGUCGAGCCGGCAAACAGUAACGAGCUUGUCCGAGAGACGGUAGUAGCGCUCCCUAGCUUACCCACCGCCACACCGAAUGAACGAGUGGUCGGCUUGACGAACACACUUCCAUUAGCUGCACUAGCUGGCGGAGAGACGCGGGUACCAGGCUCCGACCAUCAGCUUGUGCUCAUGGGAGAUUUCAACAUCCAUGUUGACGACGAAACUGACAGAGAUGCUAGGAAAUUCCUCGAUAUCUUAGACACAUUUGAUCUUCAGCAGCAUGUAAAAGGUGCAACUCAUCGAGCCGGUCAUACCUUAGAUCUCUUGAUUUCCAGAAAGGUUGAUCAUCCUAUUGUGGCCAUGGACGUCGUACCAGGACUUCCUUCCGAUCACUCGGCAGUCCUGACUACGCUCAAUUUUGUAAGUCCAGCAACUUCCAAGAAGCAGAUAACUUGUCGGAAACUUCGGGACAUUGAUGUGGUUCAGCUUAAGAAUGACAUACAAACCUCAUUGCUUACACUUCCUACAGCCAAAGAUGCAUCUGACAUGGCAGAACAAUACAACAUCGUACUAAAGGAGCUACUUGACAAGCAUGCGCCUGAGCGAUCAAUACUUGUCACAACCAGACCAAAAGCUCCCUGGUACACCAAUGAAGUUCGUGAGGCAAAACGAUCUAAACGGCGUGCUGAACGUAAAUUGAAAAGUUCUGGUCUGGAAGUUGGUCGUCAACUGUUCAAAGAGGAAUGUAAAUCCUACAAUGCAGUUCUAUCUCAAUCAAAAUCUCGUUACUUGAUCGACGAGAUUGCGCAGUGUGACACCAAGCAUCUUUUCCAGCUUGUUCAGACGCUUUCCCGCCCAAAGUCACAGCAUCUUCUACCGGACCAUGAGUCAGACAUAAAUCUGGCUAAUGAUUUUGGACAAUUUUUCUACAACAAGAUUCAGGACAUCGUCACCAAUCUUCAGGGGAUUACUAGCCGCUCAUCAGAUUGUGAGGAUGGAGUGACGACGCACAAACUUUCUUCUUUUGAACCUGUAUCAGAAUUGGAGGUGCAAAAGGCGAUCCGUGAGAGUUCUUCUAAAUCGUGCCGACUUGACCCAAUACCGACUUGGCUCAUGAAAGAUUGUAUUAAUGAGCUUGUACCAUUUGUAACUGAACUUGUUAAUCUGUCCCUGCCUUCUGGAGAGGUACCUGCAGCGUACAAGACAUCACACGUCACUCCUCUCUUGAAAAAAACAUCUUUGGAUCGAAAUGAGUUUAAAAACUACAGACCGAUCGCGAAUCUUCCUUUCAUCGCCAAGACUCUAGAGAGGAUUGUAGCUGAUCAGCUCAGGACACACUUAGAAGACAAUGGUUUAUAUCCUGUCAUGCAAUCCGCAUACCGUCAGUUCCAUUCGACAGAAACAGCCCUCUUGAAGGUUGCCAACGAUCUCUUGUUAGCCAUUGACAAAGGACUUGAAGCUAUUCUUAUUCUGCUAGACUUCUCGUCUGCGUUCGAUACGAUCGAUCAUAGCAUGAUGAUACAACGUGCUGUAAUAAAUAGGGAUUUGAGGGAGUCGUCCUGCAGUGGCUUGCCUCCUACUUGGAAAAUCGAUCUCAGGUCAUCGUUCUCAAUGGUGUCCAGUCCGAAGCAUUUCCACUAA